AUGGUAAGACCGGAAAAGGCCAACCAGUACUUUCCAGUUUUAGAUUCGAUCCCUGAAGAAGACAAACAGGAGAAUGCCGAGAUCAGCAAGAUCCCGGCUGACGACUCCGACAAUGAACAUGAGGAUGUUGUAGACCCAGAUGAUGCUGAAGCCCCGGUACCUGAGCCGGGAUGGGAGGACAACAAUGACAAUGGAUAUGCCUUCCCGACCAAGUCUUGA